AUGGGGUGUGGUGUGGUGUGGCUCCACUCCAUUGGCCUGGCCGUGGCCGUGGCCGUGUAUAAUGGUUGUCGGGUUAAAAAGUACCGAGGCAUGGGAUGGGAGACAAAAGGGAAGGAGUUGAAGAUUGCUCAAAGGGUUGUUGGAGCAGUUGCAGACAAAGGUUCUGUCAGGACUGGAGCAGCCACAGAUCGAAGGUGGAGGAGCCCACCAACUGCAAACAGCAUAGCCUGGUGUAUCUGA